AUGGGUUCCAAUGAGGAGCGGGACACCGUUGCUAACAAUUUCUAUGUAGACGACUGUUUGAGAGCCGAGGAUCGUCAAGAUGCCUUGUUAAGUAAUUUGUUAGAGGUUAAGGAGCUUUGCGAAAAAGGGGGAUUUACAUUGACGAAGUUCAGUAGCUCAUGCGUGGAGGUUUUGUCAUCCAUCCCAAGGGAGUGGUACAGUAAGGGCAUUUCAGGGUUCAUAGAUGGAUCAGGGCCAAAUAAGACAAAGGCAUUGGGAGUACAGUGGGACUUGGCCACUGAUGAAUUGGGUGUCCAGGCAGAUCUGGUUUCAGUUCCAAGGACUAAACGCAGCUUGUUGUCAGCCAUAGCCUCGAUUUACGACCCCCUUGGCAUAUUGGCACCAGUUUUAAUUGAGGGACGGAUAAUUGUGCAGGACUUGUGUAGAUUGAAGAUAGGCUGGGACAGGGGAUUGGACUCCAACACCACUGACCGCAUCAGGGUGUGGUGA